AUGGCAGCUGCUAACAAGAUCAUGCUCGCCGUCACUGGCGCCGGCGCUCUCGGGGCCGCCUACUACACCACGAGCAGCACGCCUCCGCCGCGGCAUGCGUCCGACGCGGCGUCGCACAAAAGGCCCGGCAGCAAGGCCCGUAACAGUAGAGACGUGGAACUCUUCAGGGAUGCUAUCGGCACCACGGCCGCAGUCGACCCCAGCCAGGACCGCAAGACCGAGAUGAAGAGGGCGCCCCCGGGAUGA